AUGGGAGUCGCGGAACACUUUAAGAUCCUCGUAUCAGUCGCAAGCGUACUCGUUCUCAACGGGCUCCAGGCGGCUGCGGCCCCAGGCGGCCUUGCCCAACGCCAGAGUACCGGCACCUGCUCCUCCACCGAGACCUGCAUCGACCACAAGUGUACCGCCUGCCCUGCAGGCCAGAACUCAUGCGUCAAUCACGACCGCGACUUUCCAGACAACACCCUUUCGAGGUGUUUCGACUUUACCUCGGACUCGUGGAACUGCGGCGGCUGCAACCAGAGAUGUGCGGAGGGCGCCACGUGCGACAACGGCGUGUGCAAGUGUCCCGCUGGCCAAGAGUUGUGCGGUGGCCUCAUCGUCGGCUUGCCGUAUGAACGGAUAGGCUCUUGCACCAAGGUCCUCACAGACUACCUGAACUGCGGGGGAUGCUCAAACUACUGUGAUGGCGAGUGCUUGAACGGCCAGUGCAGGCCCUGCGCCAGCGGGUUCAGACAGUGCCGGAACGGGUGCGUCAACGUUCAGAAUGACAACUACAACUGUGGCGAGUGCUUCAAAUCGUGUGGCCAAGGCUCAAACUGCGUCAACGGCAAGUGUGAGGCCAAUGACGGCUGCAGCGGUGGCCAGAUCCGCUGCAGUACCGGAUGCACGAACCCGACCAACGAUAACCGCCACUGUGGAAAGUGCGACAGUGCGUGCGACGCCGGCAAGACGUGCCGCGACAGCGUGUGCAGCUGA